AUGGAAAAAAAGAAAGCAUUCAUUCCCCUUCUAUAUCUUGCAUCUAUAGUAUUUUUGCCCUGGUGGAUCUCUCUUUCAUUUAAUAAAAGCCUAGAAUCUUGGGUUACUAAUUGGUGGAAUACUGGUCAAUCCGAAAAUUUUUUGAAUGAUAUUCAAGAAAAGAGUAUUAUAAAAAAAGUUCUAGAAUUAGAGGAACUCUUUCUCUUGGACGAAAUGCUAAAGGAAUACCCAGAAACACAUCUACAAAAGCUUCGUAUCGCAAUCUCCAAAGAAACGAUCCAAUUGAUCAAGAUGCACAAUGAGGAUCGUAUCCAUACGAUUUUGCACUUCUCGACAAAUAUAAUCUGUUUCGUUAUUCUAAGUGGUUAUUCUAUUCUUGGUAAUGAAGAACUUGUUAUUCUUAACUCUUGGGUUCAAGAGUUCCUAUAUAACUUAAGCGACACAAUAAAAGCUUUUUCUAUUCUUUUAUUAACUGAUUUAUGUAUAGGAUUCCAUUCACCCCAUGGUUGGGAACUAAUGAUUGGUUCUGUCUACAAAGAUUUUGGAUUUUCUCAUAACGAUCAAAUUAUAUCCAGUCUUGUUUCCACUUUUCCAGUCAUUCUUGACACAAUUUUUAAAUAUUGGAUCUUCCGUUAUUUAAAUCGUGUAUCUCCGUCACUUGGAGUGAUUUAUCAUUCACUGAAUGACUGA